AUGGCAGAACGUCUGAAUCCGAACAUGCUCUUUGCCAACUUCAACCAGGACUUCACAUGCAUCUCGGUCGGGACGAGGAAAGGCUACAGCAUCACCAACUGUGAUCCGUUCGGUCGUGUAUAUACACAGAAUGACGGCGCUCGAGGGACUGUCGAGAUGCUCUUCUGCACAUCUCUCCUGGCAUUAGUCGGGGCAGCGGACCAGCCACAGUCGAGCCCACGGAAGUUGCUGAUAGUUAAUACUAAGCGGCAAUCUGUCAUUUGCGAACUUCUUUUCCCCUCCUCCAUCCUCGCCGUCAAGCUCAACCGCAAGACACUCGUUAUUGUACUGGAAGUUGAAAUAUACAUCUACGACAUCUCAAACAUGAAGCUACUACACGUCAUCGAGACAACACCAAACCCUAACGCCAUCGUUGCCCUCUCUCCCUCUGCCGACAAUUCCUACCUCGCCUACCCGUCUCCUGUUCCCUCGCCUGCGCUCUCCGCCGCGUCACCAUCCGCCCCGGCUGCCGCGCCGCCCGCGUCCGCACCCGCAACGGGCGACGUCCUUCUCUUCUCCACACGCUCCCUCACUGUUGCGAACGUCAUCCAAGCCCACAAGUCCCCAAUCUCCUUCCUUUCCCUCAACAGCACCGGGACUCUACUCGCGACCGCGUCUGACAAGGGCACAGUCAUUCGCGUGUGGUCGGUACCCGGCGCGGAGAAGCUUUACCAGUUCCGUCGUGGGACACGCGAGGCGCGCAUAUACUCGCUCAACUUUAACCUCGUCUCCACUCUACUCGUCGUCUCGAGCGCGCAUGACACCGUACAUAUCUUCAAGCUCGGCCAGGGGCGUGCACAAGGCGUGGCACCUGCGCAGAGUCCGGCGAGCCCGGCGGCAAGCAUCGACAGCCGGGAGGGCUCACAAGGGUUGGACGGCGGGUACGAGGCCUUCGUCGACAAGAAGAAGGGCAGCAGUGUCUCUUCGACGCUCCGCCGGCGGUCAAUGCACUUGACCAAGAACCUGACCGCCUCCGUCGGCGGCUACCUCCCGAACACGCUCACUGAGAUGUGGGAGCCUUCACGCGACUUCGCGUUCCUGCGACUACCGACAAGCGGCGCGCGAUGUAUCGCCGCGCUGAGCGGGACGAUGCCGCAGGUGAUGGUGGUCUCCUCGGAAGGUUACUUCUACUCGUAUAACAUCGAUCUCGAGAAUGGCGGCGAGUGCUCGCUCAUGAAGCAGUAUAGCUUGCUCGACUCCAACGACGAGACAAAUGAGUGA